UGACGUCAGCGGGGCAUGAAUGAACAGGAGCGGGCGCGGCCCUACACCCCCCACUCCCCGCGGGGCCGCCGCUCGUGGGGCGCGCCCGACCCCCAAACCCGCCCGGCCAUGGCGGGCGCGCUCCCGGCCCUCACCGCCCUCCUGCUCUCCGCGCUCGCCCCCGUGGCCGCCGAGGAAGUGGUGCUGCUGGACUUCGCCAAGGCUCACGGGGAGCUGGGCUGGCUCACCCAUCCCUACGGACAAGGGUGGGACCAGCUGCAGAACGUCCUCAAUGACUCGCUGAUCUACAUGUACUCGGUGUGCAACGUCCUGGAGGGCGAGCAGGAGAACUGGCUGCGCACCAACUGGAUCUACCGCGGCGUGGCCCAGCGCAUCUUCAUUGAGCUCCAGUUCACCGUGCGCGACUGCAACAGCUUCCCCACGGCCGGCGGCGGCUCCUGCAARGAGACCUUCAACCUCUACUACGCCGAGUCYGAUGUGGACUAUGGCACCAACUUCCAGAAGCGGCAGUUCCGCAARAUCGACACCAUCGCUCCGGAUGAGAUCACUGUGCAGGAAGACUUUGCYGCCCGCAAUGUGAAACUCAACGUGGAGGUGCGGUCGGUGGGGCCCCUGCGGAGGAAGGGUUUCUACCUGGCCUUCCAGGACCUGGGAGCCUGCGUGGCGCUGCUCUCCGUGCGUGUUUACUACAAGCGCUGCCCGGCCGUGGUGCAGGGCAUGGCACAGUUCCCGGAGACCGUGGCCGGGGCGGACUCGCAGACCUUGGCUGAGGUGCGGGGCUCGUGCGUGGCCGAGGCGGUGGCCGAGCAGGCRCCGGCUCUGCACUGCAAUGCCGACGGCGAGUGGCUCGUGCCCAUCGGGGAAUGCCUGUGCCGGGCUGGCUUCCAGAGCGUGGGAGACACCUGCCAAGCGUGUCCCCCCGGCACCUUCAAGGCUGUGGUGUCCUCAGUGGGCUGCCAGCCCUGUCCCCUCCACACCCUGCCCUCCCCAGCCGCCGCCGCCACCUGCCCGUGCCAGGAUGGAUUCUUCCGGGCCCCCGAGGACCCACCAGAGCACCCCUGCACCCGUCCCCCCUCGCCACCCCAGGCCGUCACAGCUGUGGGGCUGGGGGCCGCGGUGCAGCUGCGCUGGGCCCCACCCACCGACCCUGGUGGCCGCGAGGACGUCACCUACAGCGUCACCUGUGAGCAGUGCUGGCCCGAGAGCAGCGAGUGCCGGCCCUGUGAUAGCGGGGUYCGGUUCUCACAGCCCCCCCGGGGGCUCACAGGCACGGGGGUCACUGUAACUGACCUGGAGCCGCAYGUCAACUACACCUUCACUGUGGAGGCCCGCAAUGGGGUGUCCCCCUACAGCCACCAGCGCAGUGUGGCCAGUGCUACCAUCAGCAUCAACCAGACAGAGCCCCCCCGGGUGACAUCGGUGAGCCUGGACGGACGGACGGCCACCAGCCUGGUCCUGUCCUGGACGGUGCCACUGCGGCAGCAGAGUCAGGUCUGGAAGUACGAGGUCACCUACAGCAAGAAGGUGGAUGAGAACAGCUACUCCGUGUUGCGCUGUGAGGGCACCUCUGUCACGCUGCCCAAGUUGUCUCCAGGCACUGCCUACGUGGUUCGGGUCCAGGCUCUCACCGCUGACGGCCACGGUGCCUUCAGCCCCCAGCACGAGUUCGAGACGCUGCCCGAGGGUUCCGAGGCCAUGGCAUCAACCGCUGUCAUCACCGGCACCGUCGCUGGCAUCGUCUUCGUCGUCCUGCUCUUGGCCACUCUCCUCUAUGUCCUCCGGAGGAGAAGGAGGUCACGGCUGCGCCAAUCCGCUGAGGACGUCUACUUCUCCAAGUCAGACCAGCUGAAGCCUCUCAAGACGUACGUUGACCCCCACACCUACGAGGACCCCAACCAAGCCAUGCUCAAGUUCACCACCGARAUCCCUCCAUCCUUCAUCACCCGCCAGAAGGUCAUCGGCGCUGGUGAAUUUGGGGAGGUGUACAAGGGCACCCUGAAACGCGGCAGGAAAGAGGUGCCCGUGGCCAUUAAGACGUUGAAGGUGGGGUACACGGAGAAGCAGCGCGUGGACUUCCUGAGCGAGGCCACCAUCAUGGGACAGUUCUGCCACCACAACAUCAUCCGCCUCGAGGGMGUUGUCUCCAAGUACAAGCCCUUCAUGAUCAUCACGGAGUACAUGGAGAACGGGGCACUGGAUAAAUUCCUGCGAGAAAAAGAAGGCGAAUUUGGCAUCAUCCAGCUGGUGGGGAUGUUGAGGGGCAUUGCUGCCGGCAUGAAGUACUUGGCCAACAUGAAUUACGUCCAUCGGGACCUGGCUGCCAGGAACAUCCUGGUGAACAGCAAUCUGGUGUGCAAAGUGUCCGAUUUYGGGCUCUCCAGGGUGUUGGAAGAUGACCCUGAAGCCACCUACACCACCAGCGGCGGGAAGAUCCCGAUCCGUUGGACAGCACCCGAAGCCAUCUCCUACCGCAAGUUCACCUCUGCCAGCGAUGUCUGGAGCUACGGCAUYGUCAUGUGGGAGGUGAUGUCCUACGGCGAGCGUCCAUACUGGGAGCUCUCCAACCAUGAGGUGAUGAAGGCCAUCAACGAGGGCUUCCGCCUGCCAGCGCCGCUGGACUGCCCCUCGGCCAUCUACCAGCUGAUGAUGCAGUGCUGGCAGCAGGAGCGCUGCCGGCGCCCCAAGUUCACCGACAUCGUCAGCAUCCUGGACAAACUCAUCCGCGCCCCCGAGUCCCUCAAGGCGCUGGCGGAUUUYGACCCCCGGGUGUCCAUCCGCCUGCCCAGCACCAGYGGCUCCGAGGGCGUCCCGUUCCGCUCCGUCCCGGAGUGGCUGGAGUCCAUCCGGAUGCCCCAGUACACCGAGACCUUCAUGGCCUCGGGCUACAGCACCAUUGAGAAGGUUCUGCAGAUGACCAACGAGGACAUCAAGCGGAUCGGGGUGCGGCUGCCAGGGCACCAGAAGCGCAUUGCCUACAGCCUGCUGGGGCUGCAGGAGCUGGCGGGCGCCGGGGGGGGCCCGGGCUGAUCCCAAACACCCCAAACACCACAUGAAGACCCCCCCCUCUUCCCCGAGGGGUUUAUUUAUUAUUUCUGUAAUUAUUAAGGUUUUUUUUUUAUAGUGUUAUUGAUAUUAUCCCCGUACUUGGGGAUGAAACGGGUGCUGCCCCUGCCCUCCCCCCUAAAAAAAAAAAAAUGGAAUUUCAUGCUCAUUUGGAGCUGGGGGAGUGGGAUUUUUCUUCUUAUUUUUCCCCCCACAUUUCAAGGAAAAAAGGGCUCAGUCCCAAAACGGAUUUAUUUUUACUUUUUUGUYCCUAUUUAUUCCUCUCCCACCGGGUUUUUGGGUGGUUUUGUUCCACUUUAACGCUGAUCUGCCAGUGUUGCCUURUAUUUUUUAAUGUAAUUUAUUCUAUUUUUGUAUAUUUAUUGCGAGGAAUUAAAGGUUGUGUCAGGUUUGGGAGAGAAAAAAAAGGGGGAAAUAAAAAAAAAAUACUUGGAUGCUUUUCCCCCCCAUUUUUUAUGGACUUACGGGGAUUUUUGUGGGGUUUUGAAUAAAAAUAUGAGCUUUUUUGUUUUCUAGAA